AAAAUGAGAAACAUCAUGAUUUCAAAACUGAAGAAAAAUCAAGUAGUUGCUCACAUGAAAUUACUUCAUCAUCAAAAAACACAGAAACCACAAAAACACAAGCUACAAACCUUAAUUCCCACAUGAAAAUUAAUACUGGAGAGAGACCUUUCACCUGCCAAACAGUGUGGACAAUUUUGCAAUGGAAAAGAAACCUUAAAGUCCACAUGAAAACUCACAUUGAAAAGAACUCCUUGAUAUGCCUUCAGUGUGGAAAGAGUUUUACACAGAAAAAAACACUUAAUGCCCACAUGAGAACUCACACUGGAGAGAGACCUUAUACCUGCAAACUGUGUGGGAAGAGUUACACAAGAAAAGGAGUUCUUAAGACUCACAUGAUAAUUCACAGUGAAGAGAAGCCAUUUGAAUGUGAUCGGUGUGGAAAGAGUUUUACACUAAAAAAAAACCUAUACGUCCACAUGAGAACUCACACUGGAGAAAAGCCUUACACCUGCCCUCAGUGUGGAAAGAGUUUCUUACGUAAAGAAAACUUUAAAACUCACAUUAGAAGUCACACUGGAGAGAAGCCUUACGUAUGUGAUCAGUGUAAAAAGAGUUUUACUGAAAAGGGAACCCUUAAUGACCACAUGAGAAUCCACACUGGAGAGAAGCCUUUCACCUGCCCUCAGUGUAAAACGAGUUUCACGGUUAAAGGAAACCUAAAGACUCACAUGAGGAUUCACACUGGAGAAAAUCCAUUUGCAUGUGAUCAGUGUGGAAAGAGUUUCAGACAUAAUGUAAACCUUAAUAAUCACAUGAAGAUUCACUCAAGAGAGAACAGUUUUAAAUGUCAUCAGUGCAAAAGGAGUUUUACAGACACAAAUAAUCUUAAGAAUCAUGUUAAAAUUCACAUAGGAAAAAAGCCUUUAAUGUGCCAUCAUUGUGGAAAGAGUUUUAGUCAGAAAAUAACCCUUCAGCUUCACAUGAGAGUUCACACUGGAGAGAAACCUUUUCACCUGCGAACAGUGUGCAAAGAGUUUCAGUCAGAAAAUAAACCUUCAGCAUCACAUGAGAGUUCACACUGGAGUAUCUUCAGCAGGAACUCACAAAGUCAUGGCGCGCCCCUUACUCUGCCCGCCUCAGAAACAUCUGCCUCUCACGCCCUCACUGCGGUCAACAGCGCGGGGCAGAAGGGCUAUGAAAAAAUCUUUCCAGUGGUGAAGCCGUGGCCACACACCUGUGCUUGCCUGCCACCAUUGGUUGGAAGUCUAAGGCGACCCACCCGUCCAAGCCAUGCCGGACGACUUCAGCUCUCGCGGGGACGAGUAUACGCCUCAGCCAGCCAGGCUGCUUCGGCACUGCACUCUAUGGCGGUGCUUCAAGUGUACCAGGCCAAGCUCCUCCGCACCAUGGACGAAGUGGGGCACAACCUGGCCACAUUUAAGGAGUUGCGCAGCGCUACAGACCUGGCCCUGCAUGCUACUAAGACCAAGACCAUCGAUGGCCAGCUUGGUGGUGUUGGAACACCACCUCUGGCUGAAAUCUGA